CGGUGCCGCAGCUGUAGGGAGGGGAGGCCAUUUUCCGUUCUUUGGGAGAGUGCGGGUAAGGGGAGGGAGAAAAAGGGCUGCGCCCCUUCCUUGCGUGGACGGACGGGCAGUUUCAGCCGGCGGCUGAGGUCGCUGAGGGCCCGAAGGCGAUGUUUUCCCUGUCGAGCACGGUGCAGCCCCAGGUUACAGUUCCUUUGAGUCAUCUCAUCAAUGCCUUCCAUUCUCCAAAAAGCACAUCAUCUUCUGUCAGUGCAUCAGUUUCUCAAAACCAGCAUCGAGAUGUGAUUCCUGAGCAUGAGGCUCCCAGCAAUGAGCCUGUGCUUAACUUAAGGGACCUUGGAUUAUCUGAAUUAAAAAUUGGACAGAUUGAUCAAUUGGUAGACAGUCUACUUCCUGGAAUUUGUAAAGGCAAAAACAUUUCUUCCCAUUGGCAUACAUCUCAUGUCUCUGCACAGUCCUUCUUUGAAAAUAAAUAUGGUUAUAUUGAUGUAUUUAGUUCUUUACGUUCCUCUUGCUUGUACAGACAACAUUCAAGAACUUUGAAGAGCAUUUGUUCAGAUCUUCAGUACUGGCCAGUUUUCAUACAGUCUCGGAGUUUUAAAACGUUAAAAUCAAGGACACGACGUCUGCAGUCCACCUCUGAAAGAUUAGCAGAAACACAGUAUAUAGCACCAUCAUUUGUGAAGGGAUUUCUUUUGCGGGACAGGGGAUCAGAUGUUGAGACUUUGGACAAACUCAUGAAAACCAAAAACAUACCUGAAGCUCACCAAGAUGCAUUUAAAACUGGUUUUGCAGAGGGUUUUCUGAAAGCUCAAGCACUAACACAAAAAACCAAUGAUUCUCUAAGACGAACUCGUCUGAUUCUCUUUGUUCUGCUGCUAUUAGGCAUUUAUGGACUUUUAAAAAACCCAUUUUUAUCUGUCCGUUUCCGGACAACAACGGGGCUUGAUUCUGCAGUAGAUCCUGUCCAGAUGAAAAAUGUCACCUUUGAGCAUGUUAAAGGAGUGGAGGAAGCUAAACAAGAGUUACAGGAAGUUGUGGAAUUCUUGAAAAAUCCACAAAAAUUUACUGUGCUUGGAGGCAAACUUCCGAAAGGAAUUCUUUUAGUUGGACCACCAGGAACAGGAAAGACCCUUCUUGCCCGGGCUGUGGCUGGAGAAGCUGAUGUUCCUUUUUAUUAUGCUUCUGGAUCAGAAUUUGAUGAGAUGUUUGUGGGUGUGGGAGCCAGCCGCAUAAGAAAUCUUUUUAGGGAAGCAAAAGCGAAUGCUCCUUGUGUUAUAUUCAUCGAUGAAUUAGAUUCUGUUGGUGGGAAGCGAAUUGAAUCUCCAAUGCAUCCAUAUUCAAGGCAGACUAUAAAUCAACUUCUUGCUGAAAUGGAUGGUUUUAAACCCAAUGAAGGAGUUAUCAUCAUUGGAGCCACAAACUUCCCAGAGGCAUUAGAUAAUGCCUUAAUUCGUCCUGGUCGUUUUGACAUGCAGGUCACAGUUCCAAGGCCAGAUGUAAGAGGUCGAACAGAAAUUUUGAAAUGGUAUCUCAAUAAAAUAAAGUUUGAUCAGUCUGUUGAUCCAGAAAUCAUAGCUCGAGGUACUGUUGGCUUCUCUGGAGCAGAGUUGGAGAAUCUUGUGAACCAAGCUGCUUUAAAGGCAGCUGUUGAUGGAAAAGAAAUGGUUACCAUGAAAGAACUUGAGUUUUCCAAAGAUAAAAUUCUAAUGGGGCCUGAACGUAGAAGUGUGGAAAUCGAUAACAAAAACAAAACCAUCACUGCAUAUCAUGAAUCUGGCCAUGCUAUUAUUGCAUAUUACACUAAAGAUGCAAUGCCUAUCAACAAAGCUACAAUCAUGCCUCGAGGGCCAACACUUGGACAUGUUUCCCUGUUGCCUGAGAAUGACAGGUGGAAUGAAACCAGAGCUCAGCUGCUUGCACAAAUGGAUGUUAGUAUGGGAGGAAGAGUGGCAGAGGAGCUUAUAUUUGGAACUGACCAUAUAACAACAGGUGCUUCCAGUGAUUUCGAUAAUGCAACUAAAAUAGCAAAGUGGAUGGUUACCAAAUUUGGAAUGAGUGAAAAGCUUGGAGUUAUGACCUACAGUGAUACGGGGAAACUAAGUCCAGAAACGCAAUCAGCUAUUGAACAAGAAAUCAGAAUCCUUCUGAAGGACUCAUAUGAACGAGCAAAACAUAUCUUGAAGACUCAUGCAAAAGAGCAUAAGAAUCUAGCAGAAGCUUUAUUGACCUAUGAGACUUUGGAUGCCAAAGAGAUUCAAAUUGUUCUUGAAGGGAAGAAAUUGGAAUUGAGGUGAUCUCUCUUGAAAUGGGUCCAUUGCUGGUUUUACUGCAAGAAUAUAAGUAGCAUUGCAGUACUCUCCUUUUGCAACACUUCUCUCCCAUUUUUGACCUGGUAUCACUCAAGUGUGUGAAACACUUUAUCAACCUUUUGUCACAUUUAUCUACUUUUGGUUAUUCUCAUGAUGACACCUAUUGCAAAUUAGCAAUCCAUAGCAACUAUGUUAAAGAAAAUAAAGAACUAUCAGGAUUGAAACAGCUUGUUUGAGAAAUGUCCAUCAGUUAUUAAGUUGCACAUAAAUAAUGAUUUUAUGCUGGGUUACUCUACUAGAUGUGAAUAAAAUUGUGCCUUGAGCUCCUUGGAAGUCUUUUUACUUAGAAAAAAUGAAAUUGUUGAAGAAUUGUCCUCAUUUCUAGGUAGUACCAUUGAUCUUUGAUAAAGAAGUGAUGCUACUUGGCUGCUGGUACACCAUAUUUCUAGAUACAUCUGUGGAAACUUCAUUAAGAUACACUUAAUUAUGCUCCAGAUUGUCCACAUAUAAAAUUAUGUUUAAAAAAAAAUCUUAAAAAUAGUGAAUUGUAAAUGUAAAGGUACAAUCAGAAUUAAGUGAUUAUAAACUUUUAAAAAUGUACCAUGCAUUUUUGUGGUUUUUUUUUUUUUUUUAACAUUAUCAUGGUCACUAAUGAAAUUUAUUUCAGGACUGCAGUCUUUUGUUAAAUAAAAAAAUGACACUUCCAGUUUUGAAUAAGUAUAUAAGGAUGGUUGAUAUUGAAAGUAAAAUUAGAUCAAAAGCUCAGUCCCCUUCAAAAUGAACUUUUGAAUUACACUGUAUCAGAAAUGGAAAAUUGUGUUUGUUUUUCAUUCAGAUUUUGUGAAUAUGAACAUGCUGUUACAGGAUUUACAAAUUUAUUUAACUCAAUAGAAAAAUUAGAGUAUAUUUUAUUGCUUUUUAUAUUUAACCAAAUUAUAUUCUUGAAGUGAUUUUAUUAAAAUUACCUGUAGUUUUCUAAUAACUUUUAAGCUGUAUAUGGUCUUCAUUGAGGAUGUUGAUUGCAGGAACUUGCCACAUGAUAUUUGUGCCCCUUUUAAAAAUAAUUUUAAAUUUGAUGUAAUUUCAAACUUACAGAAAUGUUAACAGAGUAAUAGAAGUAACUUCCAUUUACUCUUGACAGAGAUUCAUUAGUUGUGUUCAUUUGCCUAAUUUUCUAUUGCCGCCUCCCUUUUGCUCUUCCCUUCCACCCUCUCCCUCUUUGUGUGUGUAUAUGUAUAUGUGCGUACAUGUCUUUGUGUGGAUUUGUGUUUCAUUUCUCCUGGUAGACUUCUAGGAUUAAAGUUGAUGAGUCAUGUGGUAACUUUUAUGAACCUGAGGAAUUGUUUCCAAAAUAACUAUACAACAAUAUUAUAUUCCAACCACCAGUGUUUGAGGGUUCCAGUGUCUCCACAUCUUGUACAGUACUUCUUAUAGUCGUCGUCUUCUUCUUUUUUUAAAAAUUUGAAUGUAUUGGGGUGACAUCGGUCGGUAAAAUUAUGUAGGUUUUUGGUAUACAGUUCUACAGUACACCAUCAUCUGUAUAUUGCACUGUAUGUUUUAUUCAUUUUAAGAAAUCACAUAUUGUGACUGCAAGUCCUUUAUCAGCUGGAUCUUGCUUUUUUAAAAUCCAGUCUGGCAAUCUCUUCUGUUAUUUCAGUUGGGUAUGGUUCAUUCAUGUUUAAUAUUGAUAUAGUUGUUUAUAAUAUCUGCUAUAUCACUUUUUGUUUUCUGUUUUUCUCAUAGCUAAAGAGGUCUCCUGUUCCUCUUUUAUUUAAGUUACAUUUUAGUGGUUGCUCUAGGGAUGAUAAUACACAUCAACUUAUCAUAGUAUACUUCAAAAUAAUACAAAUUUAAUUCUGGUAACAUGGAUUAACUAUAUUUUAGCAUUUUCUUCUCUUUGUGCUAUUAUUGUCAUUUGUAAUAUCUUUAUAUAUUACAACUCAACAAUACAAUACUGCUAUCUUAUAUUUUCAGUCUUUGUUGGGAAUAUCUUUAAUUUGCCUUUUUUAAAGAAUAGUUUUGCUGGGUGUAGCAUAAUACAUGGACUGACCUUUUUUUUCUUUUUUAAAGAUUUUCUUUUUAAAAAAUUUAUUUUUUAUUGAUUUCAGAGAGGAAGGGAGAGCGAGAGAAACAUCAAUGAUGAGAGAGAAUCAUUGAUUGGCUGCCUCCUGCAUGCCAUCUACUGGAAAUCAAGCCAGCAACCCUGGCAUGCGCCCUGACUGAGAAUUGAACUGUGACCUCCUGGUUUAUAGGUCGACGCUCAACCAAUGAGCCAUACUGGACUGGCAGUUUUGUUUUUUUAAAAUAACUUUGAAUAUGUUACCCCAGAGACACUUCCAUUAUUUUUGGAGAGAAGUUAGCUAUUAAUCAAAAUUUUGGUCUCCUUUGGUGAUAGGUUGUUUAUCUCUUAUUUUUAAGAAGUUUUUCUCAGCCUUGACUUUUAAUAGUUGGACUGUGAUAUGUUCAUUAUGUUUUUCAUCAAACAUGAGUUUGUUUUUUUAUCUUCAUCUGAGGAUAUGUUUAUUGAUUUUAGAGAGAGAAACACCAUUGUGAGAGAGAACCAUUGAUAUGUUGCCUCCAUACACACCCUGACCAGGGAUCAGAACUACAACUUAGGAUACCCUUACAGGAAUUGAGCCCACAGUGUUUUGGUGUAUGGGAUAAUGUUCCAACCAAAUGAGCCACCCGGCCACGGCAAAUUUGAGAAUUUUUUUGACAAUUAUUUUUUUCAAAUAUACUUAUCUGUCCUUUAUUGUCUCUCUUCUGGGAUUGUUCUUGCAAAUGUGUUGAAACACUUGAUAUUGAUCUGGUCUCUCAGGUUUUGUUACUUUUCUUCAUAGUUUUCUCUCUUCUCUUCAGAUUGAAUAAUUUCUUUUGAUUCUUCAGGGUCAAUUCAUUCUUUCUUCUACCAUGUCAAAUCAAUGAGUUUCAGAUCAUUUUAUUCUUCAUCUCCAAAUUCUAUUUGGCCUUUCAUAUACUCUCUAUCUUAAUAGAGAUUCUCCAUGCAUUGCAUCAUUUUUUUUUAUUUUUUUUUUUAUUGCUUAAAGUAUUACAAAGGGUAUUACAUAUGUAUCCAUUUUAUCCCCCCGCCCUAGACAGUCCCCUAGCCUCCCCUAUCCCCCAGUGUCUUAUGUCCAUUGGUUAUGCUUAUAUGCAUUGCAUCAUUUUUAUCAUAGUUUUCAUUAAUUCUUUAAAUAUGACUUGCACUAGUUCUUUGAACAUGUUCACAACAGAUGCUUUUAAGUUUAUGAUAAAUUCAACAUCUUGAGGAGAUAGUUUCUAUUUCUUCCUUAGUAAGGGUCACAUUUUCUUAUUUGUUUUCUAUUUUUUUUUUCUUUCUAAUCUUACUGAAUUUCAGCUAGUGUUGCAAUAUGGAGUCGAUUUUCUUUAUAGAGGGUUGUCCUUGUUUUGUUUAAUAAGUUGCCUCCAGCAAAUUUGUGAAGUUUGUCCCUGCUGGAGUGUGCAGACAUUCAUGUCUGUUCAUUUAUAAAAUGUUUAAAUCUUGCUUCCUAAGGUUUGUUGCUAUGUUUGCAUUGCAUAGCAUUUAGCCAAAGAUUAGACCAAGGUUCUCUUCACGUCCCAUCAGUCAGGACUCCCACCUGCUGAUGGAUCUGUGUGUUGGCUCACAAGACAUUCAAUGUUCAGGUCAUUUUCAAGUCUGCCCUAGUUUUGCACAUCCCAGAGAACAAAUGAAUUGGUUGUGGAAAAGUGUUCCACAUGUUUCUUGGUUACUCUUAGAGGGAAAACACAUUAAUGACAGCCUUUGAACUGGAAUUGGAAAAUGUUUGCUAAGGGAUUUGGUAAGGCAUCCAUAUCUCAGUCAUUUUUCAUCACAAAACAAAUACUAGUCUACACAUUAUGAAUUCCAUUAGCAUAACUUAAAUGAGUGUGCAGGAAAGCAGAACCAGGGCAUUAUUUGAGUCUUAGAUAGGCAUGAGGGUUCCAAGCAACACCUUUCUACAGGGCAUCUGCUCUGGGUCCAAAAUUAGUUCCACAAAAAUCUGGGAAUGGGAAAUUUUAAAUUCCAAUUGCUUGUUUGUCCAAGGAAACACAAACUCAGAGUUGGGCUAACGUUUACUCUGAGUAUCUCUGGUCCAUAGAGAAACUCUAGGGUCCACUGACCUGGAGUCCUACCUCUCUGCAGCCGGGUCAUGUCUUUGAUCCUCAAUGCAGGCUGAAUCAGGAAUGUCAGAGCCUUCUCGUCACAUGUCACUACAGAGAGCCUCUCCUGUAAAUCUGAGGAGCAAAUAGGGUACAAUAGGUCAUUUUCUAAUUGGGCUGCUGUAGGAGGCAAAUGCUUGGUGAUCAUUGUUUAAACCAUUCACACACUCAAAAACCAGUUGGUCUAGCUAAGCUGAGUCGUCCUGAGAAUUUUGUUGAUUUAGUUAAUUCUUUUGCCAAUGAAGGCACUCGUCCCUCAGCAGGGACCCCUUCACCAGCAGCAAUUUUUGCGAAAGGUCUAGGCACUCAGUUUCUGGGUUUCCAUUUCCGAGCAAUUUUGCGAACUAUUGAACCAAAGAACAAAAUGGCAAUAAAUGGCCUCAGAAGAAUAACUCCCUAAAUUAAAAUCUAUGUGUUUGUCUGUCUGUAAGAUGUGUUUACCAAACUUUCACAUUUUCCUGGUGCGUUUUAUGCAGUGUUGGUUUCUGUUACUCUUCAUUUUGGCUAGCUCCUGAAAUCAUUAGCAAAUGUAGUAGGAAUGUGGUAAGUUCUGAGUUAGCUGGUUUUGUGUUAGCUGUUGCCCUGGGCCUGCUCCUGCUCCUGUGCGUUUCACCCACCAUCGCAGGUGUGGUCCUAUUGGAAUUGCUGGAUCAAGAACUACACUAAAAGGAGUCUCUGUUGGUGCUCACAUGUUUAUACCAGUUACUGUGGAAUAUGGAGUCAACCUAUUUUACCUUCCUAAGAAAUGGAAUAAAGAUGGAAAGACAGGAGUUGCUGAUAAAGAAAGACAGAAGCAAGGGGAAAUGAAUAUUGAGACUUUAAGUUUGUAAAUCGUAAAGAAUAUGGAACAUGUAUGGAGCAGAAGAGGCUUCAUAAUGGUGAAGAUGAUAAGCUCAGUAAGCGAAUUACUGAAAAAUUUGGCUAAUGGGAUUUGAAGAAAAAAUAGGUAUUUUAUGUCAUUUUAAAAAACAAUGAUCUUACCCUUCAAUAAAAACAACCCCUCUUGCUUGCA